AUGUUGAAGCGCCGCUUCGCGUCUCAGGCCAUUCGAGAUGCAGAUCCGCAAAAUGCCCGAGUCAUCAGCUUCGAGGUCUUUCAGAAGGUCCUUGGCGACUUCUUCCAGGACCUGCAGGUCAGUGUUGGGGACCUCCGCGCCAUCUUUGACCUCUUUCGUCAGCCGCACGUGAACCAGCUCCCCUACGAUGAGUUCUUUCUGGCGUUGAAGGAGGAGAUCAGCCAAGCGCGGAGGGCGGCCAUUCGCCAGGCCUUCCGGCGACUGGACGUGGCCUCGGAGGGGCUGGUGGAUCUGGGGGUCUUGCUGCGCUCCUUCAACGCGAACCGCCACCCUCAGGUGUCUGCUGGCACUCGCACAGCAGAGGAGGUUCUUGAAGAGUUCGCAGACACCUUGAAGGAUCACAUCAGCUUCCGGCGCGGCCAGCGCUCCUACCCAACGAACUUAGUCGCCUGGGAGGAGUUCGAGGACUACUACAAGUCAAUUAGUGGCUGCUUCGCCUCUGACGAGGACUUCACGUCGGUUCUGGCAAAGGUCUGGGACCUGGACAAGGCCUUCGACGCCGCGGUGGAGACGCGCGCCGCUUUGGCUCGGCCCGCGGCGGGGGCUCCACAAAAAGUCCGAACGGGCCUCCACCACUGGCAGACCAACACGCUGCCAAUGACUGUCACGCACCACAAAGUGGACAUGGUGACAAAGAUCGAGGAUGUGAUGCAGCGCACGCGGGCUCAGAUUACAAGGCGUGGCCUUCGGGCGGCUGUCGAUGUGGUGCAGCACUUCUACGCAGCGGACGACGACGUGGACGAUCAGUUGGACACGUACGAGUUCCGGCAAGCCUGCCGGAAGGCUGGGCUCAGCUUCCGCGAAGCCGAAGAGGCGGGGAGCUCCACAGCUCCAGCGCUCUGCGCGCCGCUCUGA